GAGCUGGUGAGGUUGACCCCGGAGCCAGGCGAGAGGGAGAGGCUGAAGGUGGCCCUGGAUGCCAUGAGAGACCUGGCUCAAUGCGUGAAUGAGGUGAAGCGGGACAACGAGACCCUGAAGCAGCUCACGAGCAUCCAGCUCUGCCUCCAUAACAUGCCGCAGUCCCUGGCGCAGUUUGGGCGCCUCAAGAUCGAUGGGGAACUGAAGGUGUCGAGCACGGAGCGGAGAUCCAAGGUGGACAGGUACGGAUUCCUCCUGGACAAGGCUCUCAUCAUCUGCAAGCGCCGGGGGGACUCCUAUGAGGCCAAGGACGUCGUGGACCUGCAGAGCCACCAAGUGCGGGAUGGGGGCAUCAGUGCCCGCGAUGGCAAGAAGUGGACCCACACAUUCCUGCUCAUCGAGGCUGGAGGUCUCCAGGGCUACGAGCUCUUCUUCAAGACCCAUGAGCUGAAGAAGAAGUGGCUGGAGCAGUUCGAGAUGGCCCUGUCCAACAUCUUCCCUGAGCACGCGCUGGCCGAUGGGCACGAGUUCCAGAUGUUCUCCUUCGAGGACACCACCUCCUGCAGGGCCUGCCAGAUGCUGCUCAGGGGCACCUUCUACCAGGGCUAUCGGUGCAGCCGGUGCUGGGCCCCCGCGCACAAGGAAUGUCUGGGGCGGGUGGGGACCUGCGGUAGGGCCAGCACUGGUGAGAGCUGGGAAUGGG